CUAUUGCUUAUCUAAGCUCAAGCUUAAGGGAGGGACGGCGGAUGAAAAUAAAAGUGGAGCAGGGCGCUAAGUAAGGGAACUUGAUUUCUUCAACUAUUUCUUCAAGGCUUCAACUACCACCAUACAGAGCCGACAAAACGAAAGCUCUGCCUGCGCGCAAUGGAUUCGCAUUAGCACAAACAUGGCUGCCGCUCCCACACACUCCGAACCUUCAGUACCCCCGAUAAGCGACGCCGUCUCUCAUACGCGACUACAUAUAACUCCUCUAGACGAGUCGCUGCUGGGCGUUGUCGUCCCCUCUUCUGUCCUACCUCGCGCGCGUAACAUCUCCUACCACGCCAUCCAAACCUUCCCCGAGAAGCGAUACGGCUUCGUCGAUCUACCCACCGCAGACGCUGAGAAGAUCAAGAAGAAACUCAACGGAGCUGUGCUGAGGGGAUCCAAGAUGCGCGUUGAGAAGGCUAGACCCGAGUCCAUCCCUAAGCCUACGGGCGAGGCCAACGUAACAGAGGCAAAGAAGGAGAAGAGUAAAUACGAGAAGAAGAAAUCCAAGAAGAGGAAGCGCGAGGCGGAUGUCACCCCUGGCGUUGAACUUGAGAACCGCAAGGUCAAGCGAGGAUGGACAACGUCAGAACGCGAGAUAAUCGAUGAAAAGCGAAAGAAGUCUAAGGUGGAUAAGAAAUCCAAGGACGAGAAGGAGGCGAAGAAGAAGAAACGGAAGGAGGCCAAGUCGAAGUAUACGGAUGGUCCAGAAUGUCUGUUCAAAACUAAACUCCCGGAUACCGGUUCAUCGUCAAAAGCCAACGAAGAGAUUGUGGGGCACAAGAAGAAGAAGAAGCGGAAGAGCGAUCGGGAGGUUGUUAUACAUGAGUUCGAGAAAACCAUAAAGCAUCCCACCUUUCUCAAAAGUAAUGCGGAAAAAUCUACAUCAGAAGCCGUGACGUUUCAGGAUGGUGUUGGCUGGGUGGAUGAGAACGGGAAUGUCGUGGAGCCUGUUGUGAGCAAGAAACGGAACGGUAAUGUUCUAAAGCCCACUGCGGCGGAGUCCCAGUUGCAUAAGGUCUCCCCAUUACCCGAGGCGGAUGGCGACACGAGUAGCAGUGGAUCUUCAUCCGAUGAAUCCGAGGAUGAGGAAGCUAGCGACCAAGAGGCAGAACGUUCAGAUGAGGAGGAAGCUGAGACGAAGGAUUCACCCAAGCCCCCCAAAGUAGACACGCAAGCCAUAAGUAGUCCUGUGUCAAUUCUUAAGGCAGAGUCCGCGAGACCAAAAUCGUCGAGCUCGGUCACAAGUCUCACUAUUAAGAUACCACCUGUCACUCCAGCCGCAGCAAAAGUCCACCCUCUUGAAGCUUUAUAUAAGCGGCCUAGAGGAGACGCAGCUACUCCUGGUGAAGUUGCGAAGGAAGCGCAACCUUUCAGCUUUUUUGACGGGGACGAAGAGGAUGAUGAUCUUGAGGAAGAGAAGGCCAUGGGACCCCCGAGUCAGCCUCCUAUGACCCCCUUCACAAAGCAGGACUUCGAUUUUAGGAAUGUGCGAAGUGCAGCGCCUACUCCAGAUACAGCACAUCCUAGUAGCAAGACGUUCAAUCUCUGGCCAAGGCAGGGAUCCGCCGAUGACGGAGCAGAGGAGGAGGAGGAGGAGGAGGAGGAGGAGGAGGAGGAGGAGGAGGAUGGGAAUGAUGGUUAUGGUAAUGAUGAGAAUGAGGAUACGAUUAUGGCGGGCGUUGAUGAUCAGACCGCUAAGGUUGGCGGCGACAAGGCAGCCCCAAUCAGUGAUUUUCAGAAACAAUUUUGGGAGAGCCGAGGCGAUCUAAACCGGUCGUGGAGGAAACGAAGAAAGGCAGCUUCCAAGGAGAAGCGAUACAGGGAAAACCGUGCUCGUGCAGAGCGAGCAAUCUAAGUUAGGAUCAUCCAGCUUUCAAUACUACAACAAAUCGUCCAGUGCAUUACUUUAUACCUAAGUACGUCUAUGGCUUCAUAUCACAGUCCAUGGCCUUCACGAAACAUCAGGGGUUAAUACUAGAG